GGGGUGAGGCAGCACAGAUGAAGCCUUUACCUGUCUAGGUAAGUCAGGAGGAGGUCAAAAGGAGAAGAAAACAGUAGGAGGCAGAAAACCUGCCCCUGUCUUCAUCUCUGCCCUUUGAAAAAAAAAGGGUAUUCCUUUCUUCUCUUCAUCCCCAAUCCUGUGGAGGCCCAGCUUGGGACAUUCUUCGCUUCCCUUCGCUUCCCCUCUGGGAGCCCCUUUUGCCACCCCUGAACCUUGCUUCAGGCGAUGCCUGAGAGGGAGCUGUGGCCAGCGGGGCCUGGCUCAGAACCCGUGACCCGCAUCAGCAGCUGCGACAGCAUGAUGAGCACCACCUCCACCCGUUCUGGAUCUAGUGACGGCAGCUACGACUUCCUGUCUGCUGAGGAGAAGGAGUGUCUGCUCUUCCUGGAGGAGACCAUCGGCUCACUGGACACCGAGGCUGACAGUGGAUUGUCCACUGACGAAUCUGAGCCAGCCACAACUCCCUGUGGUUUCCGAUCACUGCCCAUAACUCAACCUGUUCCUCGGGGAAAUCCAGAGGAGACCAUCAUUCAGCAAGGACCAGAGCCAAGAACAGUAACUCAGACCAGCUCAUCCUUUCCUCCUGAGCUCCAAGGCCUGGGCCUCAGGUCAGGCUCCUACAGCCUCCCCAGAAACAUCCACAUUGGCAGAAACCAGAACCUCAGGAAAAGCACCACCCAGGCCAACAGCCACAUCCCUGGAGAAUCUGAGAGGCUUACACCAGAGCCUGAGAAAGAGCAGGUCAGUCGGAACAGCCAGCCCAGCCAGGCACCAGCUGACCUCCGGAAAGCUGCCCUUGAUUUGGACGUGGUACUCAUCCCCCCACCAGAGGCUUUUCGGGACACUCAGCCACAGCAGUGCAGGAAAGACGGCCUGCCUGAGGGGCCAGGACUGCAGAGCCCCCAGCUUCACACGCCUUCCAUCCCCCAGAAGACAGAGCAGACUUCUUCAAAGACCAUGUCUCAAAAAGCCAAGGAAAAAUGCUCAACAGGGGACCCCAGACAACCAGGGCCUCCUCCUGCUGUGCCAUCUCAGAAUGUAAAAGCUGAAGAUGCACCCCUCCCAUCAGGGGAAGAUCGAAAUGCUGGACUGGCUCCCCUCACGGCCCCUAAGCUCCGGAAGCUGCCACCUAAUAUUGUUCUGAAGAGCAGCCGAAGUAGUUUCCACGGUGAUCCCCAGAAAUGGCUGCCCCGCCAUACUGAGGCUGUCCCUGGAGAGUCUGGCCUGGUCUCCUCUUUACUGCAAGAGCAAAGGAAAGCACGCAGAGAGGCACUGGAGAAGCUGGGGCUACCCCAGGACCAAGAUGAGUCCGGCCUCCACUUAAGUAAGCCUAGCAGCUCCUUCAGACUCAAGGAGACUCAUGCUCAGGGCCUUUCCCUAACUCCAGCUGCAGCUCCAUCUCAGGUCUCAGCAGUGGCCCCUGCUGCAGGGAAGUCUCCGGCUCCAGCCCCGGUUCGGGGACCUUCACCAGUGAAGGCUCCAGCUCCAGCUCAGGGGUCUUCUCCAGGCAAGGUUUUGGCUCCUGCCCAGGAACCCCCUCCAGGGAAUGUCACAGCUGCCCAAUCCAUGCCCAUUCCUAUCCCUAAGGCUCAAAGGGUAAAUAACCCUCUGACUCAGCCAAAGCCAGACUCAGGGCUGACUCUCCAGGAGAGCAGCAUCCCUGGCCUGAGACAGAUGAACUUCAAGUCCAACACUCUGGAGCGCUCAGGCGUGGGGCUGAGCAGCUACCUCUCAGCUGAGAAGGAUGCCAGCUCCAAAACCAGCACUUCUCUGGGAAAGGGUUCCUUCUUGGACAAGAUCUCGCCUAGUGUCCUGCGUAAUUCCCGGCCCCGCCCUGCCUCCUUGGGCACGGGGAAAGACUUUGCAGGUAUCCAGGUAGGCAAGUUGGCUGACCUGGAGCAGGCGCAGAGCUCCAAGCGCCUGUCCUAUCAGGGACAGAGCCGAGACAAGCUUCCUCGACCCCCAUGUGUCAGCGUCAAGAUCUCCCCAAAGGGCGUCCCUGAUGAACAUAGAAGGGAGGCCCUGAAGAAGCUGGGACUGUUGAAGGAGUAGACUCACCACCAGCACUGCCUGCUCUGACCCCACCCCCACCGCACGAGAAGAGACGUAGUCUCGGCUUAGGAGCCUUUGCCACCUCACAA